CCGAUAUGUCUGACACGUUUGAGAGGAACUUUGUUUCAUCAUCUAUGAUAGAUGACCCUUCUGACUGGCUUUUUCAUUUUCCUGCCGAAAGCCCGCCAAGGCACAGUCUCUCCAUCUCUUUUCCAUCCAGCCCUCCACUCCGGAGUGAUCCUCGGCGGAUCUACUUUCAACACUUUGUAGCCCAUACAGCAAUAGUAUACUGGCCGCUACAGCCGGACAUGGCUCUAAGCUUGAUUCUACCAGCCGCUGAUCUCAGCCCUUGCAUAAUGGGGGCAAUGAUCGCCGCCAGCAGCAGCCAACUCUUCAGGAUGGUACGGAAUCCAGAGUCACGAAGUGCAGCAAUAACGGCAACUGUGGAGUGUCUGGGAAACCUUCGCGAAGCAAUUACUACACCGAGAUUCGGCGACGUUGGAGUGACAAUACUGCCGACGACGUUAAUGCUGGCUACAACGUGCGUCUGUGCAGGAGAUACUACGACCUUUCGGAAGCAUCUCAACGGAGCUCUUCAUGUUGUUCAACGCGAUAAGUCGAAGUAUAGCCUGGAUCCUUUAUGGUGGAUGAGUCUCAAGUGGCUGGUUCACCUCCUUUUGAUGAAUAGACUUUCCGGCCUGCCCUUACCUUCACGGCAGACGAAAGGGUUCAUUGACUGGGACUACCUUUUGACAUGUAUGCCUGACCUAGGUCGCAUUGAUCUUACUUCCGGCUUUUCUCGGGAGUUGGUGGCUGCUCUUAAUAUGGUAUGCGAGCUAUCUGAGCCAAGUUGCAUGAAUGUUAAUGCAAGUGGCCAAUUGUAUGGCAAUGAGCUAGCAAGCAGUGUGUAUUCUCACGAACUUGAACUUCGAUUGAUUGAGCUUCGGAAAAAAAGCGCUUCAACAGUAACAGAUGUGGUGCUCCGGACAGAACUAGAAAACAGUCACAGACUGUUCACUGAUGCAACGCUACUAUGUCUAUACAGACGAGUUGACGAACUACCCAAGGACAAUCCGAAAGUCCAAACAACAGUGGACUCAAUCAUCACCUCGUUACAGAAGAUCGACAAACAGUCUCCUGUUCACGCUCAACUUUUGUGGCCACUCCUUGCAGCAGGCUGCGACUCAACGACUCAUGCCGAACGCACCAUCGUCGUAGAGACGAUGGAGAGCAUGACUGCACGUGGCUUGGGUAGCUAUGAAAACGUCCUCGAGUUCAUGAGGGAUUACUGGAAGAAUGGGGGCGACAUGAGAUGGGACCUAUUCGCCAAGCAAACAGGAAAAGACCUCGUACUAUUCUGAUGUCGUCAAUGGCCAAGAAGGAUGUGAAUAACACCGAACUCACAAUUGCGCCUUCACGUCUUCAUCGGACCAGCGGAUAUUCACGGAUGGCCUCAAAGCCGAUAAUAGACUGGAUCUUGACUUCAGUCGGUCAGAAUACGCCGCUAUUCAUGCUUUACAGAAGGAGUGAACAAGCUCGCUUGCAGCAAGAAUGAGCUGCAUUGCUACGUCGCACGGCCAUAGUGUUGAGUUUGGGAGGUAACCUCGGCAAUCGAGCAUGGCGAUCGGCACCAUAAACACCAUAAAUGGACCCGACACCUCGAGAAGAAAAUUUUCACGAUACUCAUGCAAUGACUAAAACCAACAUCUGAUAUCAGUUCAUCCAAGGCUCGGCUCUUCGCC